CACUUGAAAACAUAUGAUUAAUCAAGAUGCGCACAUUUUGUCAAAAACACCCUUUAAAUGCGUGAAUCACUACAUCUGAUAUUUACAGAAGAAAUCCCAUUAUAUCUAUAUAAUAACAGUCUUACCUGAUAAGCUUCCUGACUUUUGACCUUGUCAACCUCCAUAUCUCGGGAUGGACGAAUCUCUAUCUCCCGGAGAAUCACGAUAUCCAAUCUUCAAAGGAUCUACGUCAUCAAGUGUUGACUUAGAGCACAAAAUGGUCUAAAUCAAAACCUCUCCUUGACCAUGUCAACAGCUCUCACAGUGGUGGCGUUAUUGCUUUGUGGAUCCACAUUACAAGUUUCAGGGGUGGAUCCUGUUUCUACCGCCUGUAUUCUGCAAUGUGAUUUGUCUUUUGGUGCUGAUAAUGAAGUGGCAGGCUGUGACUGUAAUGCUUUAAGAGCACAGAUGCUGGUGCGGUCCCACACACACACACAACAUCCCCAUCAUCUGAAUCACCACUUCACCACCACCCCCGCCGCCACCACUCUCACUCCAGCCCUCAGGACCACCACCGACCUGUGCGACUUCCUCUGUGCCAAUCAACAGGGAGGGGACGCUUGUCAUUGCUUGAAGCCUGGUCUGCCGGGACGAAAAUGAUAUUCAAUAAACGCUGUUAUAAGUUCAUCGUUUGUUAAUUUUUUUGUAGGAAUUUGCUGUGCAAUUUUUUUUCAUUUUUCAUCGUCUCUUUUAUCACAUAUGAUUGUUUGGUCUACAUGUAUGUCUAUCUUUCCUGAAUUUAUAAUAAACUUAAAUUGUAUUUAAAAUGAAAUGUCACGUUCAAACGGUCAAAUGUUAAAGCUAAAUUUGAAGGGCAGUAUACCACAGAUAUUAAAACCAUCAAUGGAUAGGAUUUUUAAUACUAUACUUUAAUUGUAUUCACGAGAUGAUCGACAAGUCAUUUAAAAGACGUUAUCUUUAAAUUUAAGCAUGCAUGUGACUUUGUCCAUAGAACCCAGUGCUUUUUAUAUGGAUCAAAAUUCAAAUUGAAAGUAGAUCUAAAAUAUCAGAUAUUGUUCAACGGUCCAAUUUUUCUGAAAAUUCGCACAUAUAUUAAGUAAUUAACUUUUUUAACAUCAAAAUAUCCCAUUGCUAAUCAUUGCAAUAAAACUUUUUUAAAAUACCCUCCAAUUGCGUACUGUUUUCUCUUUUGAAAUUGUUGUAAUUGUUAUGAUCUGUUCUGUAAAGAAAAUUGGGAGAAGAUGACUGGUCUACAGUAACACUGUUAUCUGUAUCAACUCAGUAUAAUUUA